AUGAAUCGAGCGAUUGUGAAAUUAUUUUCAUCGUCAUCUCGACUCGUGCCAAGAAUUUAUGCAUCGACAGUACCAACGGGAACGAAAGUAACUGGACAUCACGGUGCAGGAGACGUUCACCAUCAUGAUGAUCAUGGACACGGACAUGGUCAUCAUCAUGAACCUGAAUUGAGAAAAACACACGAAUGGCGUCAUCAUUCAGGAAUGCAAUCGAAAUAUGAAAAUCAAUCAGAGGAUCCAAAUAUAAGUUUCGUACAAGAACGACCCAAUUAUCACGAUUAUCGUCCAUCAUAUGGUCAAACUCCUCUUACGUUACCCUAUCGAAGUCAUGCUCAUAUUUAUGAAAUGUGGAUGUAUCAUGCAGCUCUCGUCUUUUCCAUUUGGUUUUGGUGGUACGUUCUCUGGCGUUUCAUGAAAGAACCAUUUUGGUUUUUUGGUCACGCUCAUUAUCCCGACAUGUCGAAAUUUACAGACGAAGAAUUGGGUAUUCCAGCCGAUGAUCUUGAUUAA